GUUGACCUCCAGGCCUGUGACCGGGACCAGCAGUGCGGAGGUGGGAUGUGCUGUGCUGUCAGUCUCUGGAUCCGCAGCCUGAGGAUGUGCACACCGAUGGGAAACCUGGGAGAGGAGUGCCAUCCUUUGAGCCACAGAGUUCCCUUCUCCGGGCGGAGGAUGCACCACACCUGCCCAUGUCUCCCAGGCCUGAUCUGUGUAAGGACUUCCAGCAAAUUCAAAUGUUUACCAGACUUCAGAAAAGAAGAUGUGUUUUUUUAG